AUGCCGAGCAUUGGGGAAGGUUGGCAUUUACCUGUGAAUAUAAUGCGUUUCUGCUGUUGCAGAUGCGUGCGUCCAGUAAAGUUAGCAGUUCUCUGCUUUUUGGUUCUGUUUUUUAUAAUAUACAAUACAAACCAUUCAGUCAUGACACUGUCAUCCCUCUUCCCUUUUGGAAGCACAUUGAGACUCAAAGGAUCGAUUCCUGAGCAUGAUGGCACAUUUCCACAUCCCUCAGCUCCCAGCUGUCCUCCUGGGUUUUACAGGGAAGAGGAACUCAGACCUCACCUUCAGAGGCCUCUGCAGGAUCCCAGGGCACCGGGCGCAAACGGGAAAGGAUUUGAACCACAUUUGAUGACACCCGAGGAGCACAAAGAGAAAAAACAUGGGUUUGAUAAAAACCAGUUCAACCAGUUUGCUAGUGAUCGUAUCUCCCUGCAUCGUGACCUGGGUUCUGAUACACGACAUCCCGACUGCUUGGAACAGAAGUUUUGGCGUUGUCCCGGUCUGCCGACCACCAGUGUGAUUAUUGUGUUCCACAACGAGGCCUGGUCCUCUCUGCUCAGGACAGUCUACAGCGUUCUGCACACAGCUCCUGCAGCCCUUCUCACAGAGAUCCUACUGGUGGAUGAUGCAAGCACAGAGGAUUAUUUAAAGGCUCCUCUUGAUGAAUAUGUGAAGCAGCUGCUGAUUGUUCGUGUUUUACGUCAGAGGGAGAGAAAAGGCUUGAUAAAUGCCAGGCUGAUGGGGGCGCGGGCUGCACGAGGGGAGGUCCUCACUUUCCUGGAUUCCCACUGUGAAUGCUUCACUGGAUGGCUGGAACCUCUACUGGCUCGGAUUACAGAGCAGCCAACAGCCGUUGUGAGCCCAAAGAUUACAACUAUAGAUCCCAAUGACCUGAGGUUCCUCAAACCAAAACCUAUAACAAAGCAUUACAGCCGAGGAAACUUUGACUGGAGGCUCAAGUUUGUAUGGGAGGCCGUCCCCGAAGAAGUGAAGAAGCAGAGGAAGAACGAGACCUAUCCCAUCAGAACUCCUACUUUUGCUGGAGGCCUGUUCUCUGUCUCUAAAUCCUACUUUGAACAUAUCGGGACUUAUGACGACCAGAUGGAGUUCUGGGGAGGGGAGAAUUUGGAAAUGUCCUUCAGGGUCUGGCAAUGUGGGGGCCUUUUGGAGAUCAUUCCAUGCUCGGUUGUAGGGCAUAUCUUCCGAACAAAAAGCCCUCACACUUUUCCAAACGGGAGCGCCGUCAUCAUUCGCAACCUGGUCCGCUUGGCCGAGGUCUGGAUGGAUGACUACAAAUGGGUCUUCUAUCGUUCUAACAGAAUGGCUGCCUCUAUUUCUAAAACGAAUUCAUAUGGAGACGUUUCAGAACGCCAUAAACUCAGGGAGAGACUAAAGUGUGCAAACUUUUCAUGGUACCUGAAAAAUAUCUACCCUGAAACCUACAUCCCUGAUAUCAGACCUGUCAAAUAUGGCCAGUUAAAAAACACUGGUUGGAACUGCCAGCUGAAUGUUGAGAAGAGAAAAAAACCAUGGGAGUCCGGCCAGAAGUUCAAAUGCAACAAAAACCCUAAGGCACAGUAUUUUGAGUACACAUCCCAAAAAGAGAUACGACCAAGUGCUGGCAUUGAGUUUUGUUUACAUGCGACCCUUGAAAGAAGGACUUCUCUUGAACUGUGUCAGAAGAGGGGAAAAGCUUUCGAAGAACAGAUUUGGAUUUUCACGCUGACAAACCAACUGAUGAACCCAUCAUUAGGGAAGUGCUUGGCUGUUGAAGGAAACAACAUAAUUUUGACCAGAUGCAGCUCCACAAGAAGGGAGCAAAGCUGGACGUGUAUGUUAGCUAGGCAGAAAAUGAGCAAUAUUCCCCUCUCCCGGUCUGAGGUAUUUGGGGAGCUGAGGAAGGAGCUGCAUGAAGAUGUGGAAUUCCGUCAGUCCGACGUUCACGUCUUCAUCAUAAUGGGCGCCUCGGGGGAUCUGGCAAAGAAAAAGAUCUACCCCACUCUUUGGUGGUUGUUCAGAGAUGGCCUCCUCCCCGAGCAGACAUAUUUUGUGGGUUUUGCUCGCUCUGACCUGACUGUUGACGCCAUCCGCACUGCUUGUAUGCCGUACCUUAAGGUGACGGAUACAGAAGCAGAGCGAUUGUCGGCUUUCUUCACCAGGAACACGUACAUCAGUGGAAAAUAUGCUGAUGAGAGCUCCUUCUCCAAGCUCGACACGCACAUCCUGUCUCUACCCGGAGGAACCGAAGCCAACCGGCUCUUCUACCUGGCACUGCCACCUACGGUCUACCACGAUGUUACCAAGAACAUCAAGCAUCACUGCAUGAGCACAAAGGGCUGGAACAGGGUGAUUGUAGAGAAGCCUUUUGGACACGAUCUGCAGAGCUCCGAGGAGUUGUCCGCUCACCUCUCAUCCCUCUUCACUGAGGAGCAGAUCUACCGUAUAGAUCAUUAUUUGGGCAAAGAAAUGGUACAGAACCUGAUGGUGCUCAGGUUUGGAAACAGAAUCUUUGGGCCCAUCUGGAACAGGGACAGCGUCGCCUGUGUUGUCCUCACCUUCAAAGAGCCGUUUGGCACUCAGGGACGAGGGGGCUACUUUGAUGAUUUUGGCAUCAUCCGAGAUGUCAUGCAGAACCACCUUCUCCAGAUGCUGUCCUUGGUCGCCAUGGAGAAACCAGCGUCCACCAGCUCCGAUGACGUCAGGGAUGAAAAGGUGAAGGUGCUGAAGUGCAUUGCUCCAGUGUCCAUGUCAGACGUGGUGCUGGGACAGUAUGUGGGGGAUCCAGAGGGGGAAGGAGACGCUAAAUUGGGCUACCUCGAUGACCCGACAGUACCUAAAGGAUCAACUCAGGCCACUUUUGCUACAGUGGUGCUUUAUGUGAACAAUGAACGCUGGGAUGGUGUUCCUUUCAUUCUACGCUGUGGAAAAGCUCUUAAUGAGAGAAAAGCCGAAGUGCGGCUGCAGUUCACGGAUGUCCCAGGAGACAUUUUUGGAAAUCAGUGUCGAAGGAAUGAGCUGGUGGUGCGCGUGCAGCCCAACGAGGCCGUCUACGCCAAGAUGAUGAGCAAGAAGCCCGGCGACGUGAAGCUUCCAGAUGCUUAUGAGCGUCUCAUUCUGGACGUGUUCUGUGGGAGUCAGAUGCAUUUUGUACGCAGUGAUGAACUAAGGGAAGCAUGGAGGAUUUUCACCCCUCUCCUUCAUCACAUAGACAAAGCGAAGCCACAGCCCAUUCCUUACAAAUAUGGAAGCCGUGGGCCCACAGAAGCAGAUGACCUUGUACAGAAAGUCGGAUUCCGCUACGAAGGCACUUACAAAUGGGUGAACCCCCACAGACUUUGA